ACCACGACAACUGAGCGUCAUAUCAUUGUCCUUGAUAACCGACCCACUACUCACCUUCAACCCUCACCGUUCAUCUCUCGAAGAGACUCACAGCUGCGCUAUAUAUUAUUUGCAAAACCACCAUUUCCACGCAUACCACCCCACAUAUCACUUCCGAUCAACGGUUACCACCAUUUAUACACAAUGAAGUUCAUCCUCCUCAUCAGCACGGCAAUCUACACUGCCACCGUACUGGCCGCCCCAGGAGCUAUCUCUCUCAACCGCUCUUUCAAGGCUAUUGCCGCGCGUGAUGGCGACGACACAGUACACAUCGCCUGCAUCGAGUGCCCCUGCGAUGGCUUCAGUGGAUCCUGCCAGUGCGUCAACAAUGGCUGCUGCUGCGAUAUGACAAAUCCUGGAAUGCCGCCUGCGGGUGGAUGGAAGCAAAAGUAGACCUCGUCUAUCCAUGCGUCGGGUACUGUAUCACGGAUGUUAUGAUGGGUAUUUUCCUUCAUGAAUGACUGCUACCACGGCUGAGGAUGGAGCACACUAGGGAAUACAUAGGCGUUUAAUGUGUCUGAUUAAUGGAAUCAUAACCUGU